CGAUAUUUUAUUAACUUCACAACUUUUCAUAAAUUCAAAAUGUUCUUAAUUAUAAGUUUACCCAAAUUAUUUGCAUUUAUGGUGCGAAAAUUUUUACUGCCUGAUAAAGUGUUUCUUUUCUCAGUAUUUAUACUAUCAACAUUACUUUUUGUUCAAGGUAAUGUAGAUAUUUGCCACAAUGUGUAUCCACAUUUUCAUGCAAAUGAAGAAAAUUGCACAUUAGUAUGCAGUUUGAAAUUUCAGCAUGCUGUUUCUAGUGUACACAGUGAUGAGGUUGCAUUAUGCAUAAAAAAUUCAUCUUUAGCUGUGUUUUGUGUAAAUCCUAUUGACUGCCGCCAGUAUCAUGUCGGGGCUUAUUGUAAAAUGAUCCCAUGUCUGUGUAAAUCUGAAGAUAGUUAUAUUUUUCAUUCAUCACUUAAAAUUAAGAAAGUGAAUACUUGUGUUGUAUCUGCUAAGCACCUAAGUUUGGACAUGCCUAUUGUACCUUUCCCAUGGAAGACGCUACUUAUUGUAUGUGCUAUUGUCUUUGUAUUUGCUGCUUGUCUGAUUUGCUUGAGAUGGGUAUCUCCAUUAAUAAGGUCAAUGCAAGCAAAGCGAGCCUCAAGAAUAAACCGAGAAAGGCAAGCAGUACCACUUGAGGAUAAUGCACGAUUGUUUACAUCUGUUUCUCAGCAAAAUGAUUCUACUCCUUUUACCUAUUAUUUCCCACAAGGAAUGCCAAGAAUCUAUAGAGCUAGUCCUAGGAGAGUGCAACACAGCCACAGAUCAUCUUCGAGAACUCGUUAUACUACUUGUGCUCAAACAGAAGGCAGUUUAUCUGGUAUACUUGCAAAUCAAGACAAACCACCACCUUAUGAAACUGCCAUCCAGUUACCACCACCAGCUUAUGAAGACGUUGAACAAGCUAUUAAUGACAGUACAUCUAAUAAUACUAAUCUACAAACUAAUAGUCAAAGGAUUGAAAUACACAAUCCUGAUAACAAUUCUAUUCCUAUAAUAAAUAAUACAUCGUCUGUGUUACCGUCUACCAGUUCUGUAGUAUCCUAAUAAGAAUGUAUGAAAUUCUUGAAUAUAGUUUUUUUUUUUUUUUUUUUGUAUAAAAUGUAAAGUGACAAAAGGAAUCAUCAUUCCUUAUGCUGGCAUUUUCUAUUGUUGUUGGUGUAUUGUUAUGUUUUUUUUUUCAAAAGUAUUUAUCAUAAACUUCUGGAGAAGUUUGGAAGCUUUUAUCAUAUGCUUAAUAUUACCUGGUGUGCUUCAGAGCUAUGAAAUAAACCAUAACAAAGUUUUGAAUGUACUGAAAAAUAGGAGUAGAAAUAUUUAAAAUUACAUAUAUUUUAGUACAGUAAUUUUGAUUUGUAUAAGUGAAAUACCUUUUGUAAUCCAGAUUAUAAAUGUCAUUUUUGGAACUAUAAUAUGCAAUAUACAUAUAAUAUACAUUUAAUCUUUAUAAAUGCUUUUUCAUGUCAUAUGAAUAUUUAGCUAUUACAUUUUAUUCUUUGUACAUUCCAUUUUUAUCAUUCAGCAGAUAUUUUGUAAAUUGUUUUCAUGCUGUUGAGCAUUUUUAAGCUUUUAUGAGCAGCUAAUGAUGUAGAUGUGUCCUAUUUUGUACCAUUUUUGAUGAAAUUAUGUAUAUAUUUGCAAACUUGCAGCAAUAACAUUUAAAAACUUAAUUUGAUCAUUAAAUUAGCAUCAUAUUUGCCAUUUCUUGGGCUUAUGUGAUAUUUAUCUUGAAUAUUAGUAUUAGGGCUGUUUUUGGUAAGACAGAUAUGUGAUUAUAAAUGUUUUUUUUUUUUUUUUUUUUAUUCCUGUUCAUAACUUUGACCAAUCUUUUGAAAACAAAUCAAUGAUGUAUAAUAUUUAGAAUAAUUUUAAUAGAAUAUUUACAAUAAUUGCUUAUUUGUUCUAGUUGUUUGUAAUAUAAAGUGACUCACAUUCACAUUACACAAAAGAAAAACCAUGAAAAUGCCUUUGUAAUCAGCCAUUUACUGAGAUUCUAAGCUGGCUCGAACUACAAUAUAUGUAGUAGUUUUUAUCCACUCAGCCUUGUUAGAGGCAAAAUUGGUAAUAUGUUUCAGAUUAAAAUACAUACAAAAAGCUGGUAUUUAUUGUGCAGAGUUCAACUUUAGCUUGACUUCAAAUCUGAGAGAAAUGCUGUGUAAACAGAAAUGCACGUAGAACUAACUCUCUGAUUUCUUCAAAAACGAAAUCUUAUUUGAUCUAUUACUUCAUGCCAUUGAGCUUUUAUUUAGCUACAUAAAAAUCCCUGAAAUUAAAAGUGCUAAAUAACUGGGAACUACUGAUUUUUGUAAUUUGGAAACAAAUAUCUUUGGUGGUAUUGACAAAACAAAUUGGAUUUAUAUUCAAAGAAAGUCAAAUUAGAUGUAGAAUUAGCAACUUCUAUACAUAGAUAACAUUACUUGUCUUCAACUGUGGACAAAAAUUUGGGGACCUUUUUGAUAAUGUAUAUAUGAUGAAUUGGAUUUUAGAAUCUUUUAGAAAAGUGACUGGAAUAUUUAAAAUUGCAUUUAAUAUUAAUGAAAUUAGGAAUGAUAAUUUAAAAUUUAAAAAACGGUAAUGGAUAUUUUUCUGCAUAUGAUUGCAAAACAAUUGAUUGUGAUGAUAUAGUGCAAGAAAAGAAAAUUAGUGAAAUAAAGUAAGAAAGAGCUUAAAUGAAAAGAGAAUCAAAAAUAAAAAAAAAUUAGAAAAUAGCCAAACAUGAUUGUGCCAAAUUCAUUUAAAAUGUUGAGAACA